AUGGCGGAGAUACUAAGAGCCAAGGCAUUUGAUAUAUUUGUAUUUUUUCUUACAUUUUUCUUUUUGCUUUUUUUUUUCUUUCUUUUUUUUUCUUUCUUUCUUUUUUCUUUCUUUUUUUCUUUUUUCUUUCUUCAAUUUUGUCAUGUUCUUUCUUUCUUUCUUUCUUUCUGCAAUUUUGUCAUGUUCUUUCUUUCUUUUUCUUUCUUUCUUUCUUUCUUUCUUUCUUUCUUUCUGCAAUUUUGUCAUGUUCUUUCUUUCUUUCUUUCUUUCUUUCUUUCUUUCUGCAAUUUUGUCAUGUUCUUUCUUUCUUUCUUUCUUUCUUUCUUUCUGCAAUUUUGUCAUGUUCUUUCUUUCUUUCUUUCUUUCUUUCUGCAAUUUUGUCAUGUUAUUUCUUUCUUUCUUUCUUUCUUUCUUUCUGCAAUUUUGUCAUGUUCUUUCUUUCUUUCUUUCUUUCUUUCUUUCUUUCUGCAAUUUUGUCAUGUUCUUUCUUUCUUUCUUUCUUUCUUUCUUUCUGCAAUUUUGUCAUGUUCUUUCUUUCUUUCUUUCUUUUUUCUUUCUUCAAUUUUGUCAUGUUCUUUCUUUCUUUCUUUCUUUCUUUCUUUCUGCAAUUUUGUCAUGUUCUUUCUUUCUUUCUUUCUUUCUUUCUGCAAUUUUGUCAUGUUCUUUCUUUCUUUCUUUCUUUCUUUCUUUCUGCAAUUUUGUCAUGUUAUUUCUUUCUUUCUUUCUUUCUUUCUGCAAUUUUGUCAUGUUCUUUCUUUCUUUCUUUUUUUUUUUUUUUCUUUCUUUCUUUACUUUUAG